GAUAAUUCCGGUGCAUACGUUUCGAGAAUCAAUUCGAACAAAUUCACAUUUUUCCUUCUUGCUUUUGUGUGAUUUUUAUAACUUUUUCGUUAAAUUGCAUUCCAAGAUGAUGUCAAAGGUGAAAAUCUCGAAGUCUUCCUUCCAGUUGCUGCGAAACUUCUCGAGCGGCGUGAAACGCAAUGAAGUUGUCAUCGUGUCGGCAGUUCGAACCCCCAUCGGUUCGUUCCAAAGUCAAUUGGCAUCCAUGUCGGGUCCGCAAUUGGGCGCUGUCGCUGUCGAAGCUGCUGUUCAACGCGCGGGAAUCGCUAAAGAAGACAUCAACGAAGUUUAUUUGGGAAAUGUCGUGUCAGCGGGCGCCGGACAAGCUCCUGCCCGACAAGCGGCGAUUUUUGCUGGUUUACCAAAAAACACAAUUUGCACGACAGUGAAUAAAGUUUGUUCGUCAGGAUUGAAGACAAUUAUGUUGGGGGCUCAAACUUUGGCGCUCGGCGAUCAAGAUGUCGUUUUGGCGGGAGGCUUCGAGUCGAUGUCAAAUGUGCCUUUUUACUUGCGACGCGGGCAAACUCCGUAUGGCGGCGUGAAAUUAGACGAUGGAAUCGUGCUUGACGGGCUUUGGGAUGUCUACAACAAAUUCCAUAUGGGAAAUUGCGCGGAAAAUACGGCGAAAAAAAUGGGAAUCACCCGUCAGGAACAAGACGAGUACGCAAUAAACAGCUAUAAACGCAGCGCAGCAGCUUGGAGCUCAAAAAUAUUCGAUGCUGAACUCGUUCCUGUCAAAGUCCCCCAAAAACGGGGCAAACCUGAUGUCGUUGUUGCCGAAGAUGAGGAAUAUAAACGCGUUAAUUUCGAUAAAUUUGGGUCUCUGGCGACUGUUUUUCAGCGUGAAGGCGGCACCGUCACUGCUGGCAACGCAAGUACCUUGAACGAUGGUGCCUCGGCACUCGUUUUGAUGACUGCUGAAGCUGCAGCGAAACAUAAUUGCAUUCCGCUCGCUCGAAUUGUCUCGUAUCAAGAUGCAGAAACGGAUCCAAUUGACUUCCCCAUCGCUCCGGCAUUGGCAAUCCCUAAAUUGCUCGAGAAAGGAGGCGUUAACAAACAAGAUGUCGCCAUGUGGGAAGUAAAUGAAGCAUUUUCACUCGUUGCUGUUGCGAAUAUCAAGAAACUCGAUGUCGAUCCGGCAAAAGUUAAUGUUCAUGGAGGCGCUGUAUCACUCGGACAUCCAAUUGGCAUGAGCGGAGCACGAAUUGUCACCCAUUUGGCGCACACUUUGAAGAAGGGCGAAUACGGAUGUGCGAGCAUUUGCAAUGGGGGAGGCGGCGCAUCGUCAAUUCUCAUCCAGAAAUUGGCGCCUCAACUUUCACCGCAGGGAGCUUUACCGGUACUUACGUUGUACACGCACGAACAUUGUUCGUUAUGUGAGGACCUUGUGCAUGAAUUACAACCGUUCGCGCAUCGAUUUACCUUUGAAAAAGUCGAUAUACUGCAGAAGGAAAACGUAAAAUUCCUUCGUUUGUAUCGAAAUGACAUCCCAGUUCUCGCCUUGAAUGGUCAAUUUUUGUGUAUGCAUCGUUUGGACAAGGAUUUGCUCGAAAAAAGGCUCCAAGAGAUAGAAGACUUUUCAUCUGAAACGAAAAAUUCAUCUUUCAAACAAGAAAAAUCGAGAAAUUCUUCGAUACCUGAAACAAAAAAGAGAAAAAAUGAGUUUAUUAUCACAAAUUUACCGCAACAAUACCUCACAAAAUCGCAAGCUGCCCUAAAGGAAGUUGUUGUUAAAAUCGCUUCGUCAUUAGGACUCGAAAUUAAACCCGAUGAAUUUUCACUUAAGGAUAUUUCCAACGAAAAAUCCACAUUUUUGGUCAAAUUUUACGAUGAAAAAGGAGAAAAAUUUUUUAAUGCGUACAUUGGAACUCUUAAAAACGAUGGCGGAUUAACUCAUCGCUCAAUUGGUGUCGAUUCCGAUGAACGAAUUUUUAUUGAACGACAAAUGUCGAAUGCCUUGCUUGAAGUCAAAAAGAAAGUUCUUUACCUGAAAAGUAUAAAUUUGGUGCGAAAAGUCAAGGUUAGCGGUAAAAAUAUCAAAUUUAGUUUGAACGAGAAAUGGUAUGAAGUUAGCACGAUGGAGGAACUUGACGAACUGCUGCAAAGAGAAAAAAUUCAAAAGCCAAAAAAACUUAGUUAGGAAAUUAAUUAAAUUCAUUAAAU